UCACAUUUCACAUCGUACCGAGCCGUCGUAGAGGCUGCCCGUGCGCGAUAUCGUUAAAAAUUGACACGUCUCGCUAAUCGCGUACACGCGAAAACUAUCACUUUCGCCACAGUUCAAAAGCAAUUUCAACUAUGAUACAGUGAUUAAAACAUCCAGGACCACGUCACAACGGCUCUUCAAGAACCCAAUAUGCCCCAAUGGGCGAGCAGUGAGGGCGGAGGGACUGACGUGGCGUCUCCUAACCAAAUGGUUAACUACGAUCAAUCAGAGUGUUACGAUGACAAAGCUGAAGAUGCUGAUAAAAUUGAACAGACUGGUGAUUUCUACGACAGCGGAAGCAGUGAUGAGGUACGGCGAGUGAGUCGUCGACGAACAGCUGCUAGUUCCUCUUCGUCUGGCGGUUCCACUGGUCCAGGCCGUCGAAGGAGAUGCGGGAUCUCAGCGAGGGAAAGAAAUCUACGAAGAUUGGAGAGCAACGAACGCGAACGCAUGCGCAUGCAUUCACUGAAUCGAGCGUUUGAGGAUCUCCGCCGUGUCAUACCGCAUGUGAAAAAGGACAAUCGAAGUUUAUCAAAGAUAGAAACUUUAACUCUUGCCAAAAACUAUGUUAAAGCUCUCACGAAUGCUAUUUGCACGAUGAGAGGGGAAGAUCCUCGUUACCAAUUUAACAACGAAGAUGAAAAUGUAGAGCCUGUGUUUGUUAUAUCCAAAGACCAGGAACAAAAUAACAAUGUGUCAAGUGAUGGAGAUAUAGACGAUUCACCAAAUAUUUGUCUUUGACGAUAUACUCGCGUUUUGCAGUAGGCCAUACUAGGCCGAGAUUGCCACAAUCUGUGGUUCGAUGAAAUAGAUCAGCGGAAUAAGAUCUACAAUUGACUGGCUAUGUUUGGACACCGAUAAAGAACAAAAUAUACAAUUGUAACAACGUUUUAAAUGUCCUAGUCUUGUAAUUUUAUGUACUAGAGCCCCACGAUAUAUUUUGUGUAAAUUUUAAGAAUGGUAUUUCUAAAUAAAAAUUACUUUGCAAUUAUAAAAUUGAAAAAAGAUUGGAUAGCAUAAAAUCCGAGAAAUACAGUUCAAUAUUCAAUACACAAGUUGUUAGACGUGUCGCAAAAAUUGAGACGUUCAUGGCUACAAUUGGGCUCGAAAGUAAAAAGGCCCCAGACAAAUCAUUUUGCGCCAGGCGUGACAUGCUUAGCAUCAUAAACUGCAUAAGACAGGCUUUCUAUUCACGGCAAGUAACUAUUAUUUUUACGUUCAGGUUCAGAAAAUGGUAUUAAUAAACAUUCAUAGUUUAUUUUACAUGUUUCAUGUGUAGUUUUGGAUUUACGCGCACAAAAAGCAGCAGUUGGCAGCAAAGGUUACUCAAUCAGUAAAAUGAAAUUGUGACUAGCUUACUUAUAUUUUGGCGGUAUCUUUAUCACGCGAUUUAUCAUUUAUAUUGAUUCUAUUUUUCGUUAUUUACGUUUAUGUUACUCUUGUAUCUGAUCCUGGAUUAGGAAAUAUUAAACAAUUUCUUGGACCUCCGAGUCCUUCACUCUUUAAUCUUUUUAAAAACAUUUUACUACUAUUUAAAAAAGUGGAAAACUUUUUUCGCAAAAGUAAUGUCAAAACCAAGAAUAUUUUUACUAUUCACAUACAACCUGUUGGUGACUUCAUUCUCUCUCUAGCUGUGGUUGUAAUAAUUGGUACUUAAUGGUGUACAAAGUACCCCGCUUUUGCACCUCAUCCGUCUCAGUUCGAUCUCUCCUAAGGUGCCAAUUACAUAUUAAGAUUAUUUUUAUAUGUAUUCUAGCACGUUUUUAAAUAUAUAUAUACUUAUUUUUGUGUUUUAUUAGAGUUUUAUAUGAGAAUGUUAUCAUUUGUAAUUUUAUUAUUUAUAAAGAAAUUUUAUAAAAUGUAUCUACGAAGGUAUUUUAAUAUUGUUGAGAAAUUGUUUUACGAAAAUUAUAUGUAUAGUAAUGGUAGUUUUUAUUAUAAAAUUUUAAAUAAUAUAUUUGUAUGUUUUAUGAAAAUAAAACUAUUUUGAAAUCUCAAUUAAAAGUUACCAGAAGCCUGUGUUACCUAAAUGUUUAGUUCUAAGUCCAAAUUAUGGAAUUGUAAACCUUAGUGAUUAAGUAUUAUAACUUAAAUUACAUUAUUGCUUUGUAUCCAAAAAUAUCACAAAAGGCAGUACCUAUCCUGAAAAUUUGUUUGGACAUUGUGAACAGAUUUAUAAUGGUAUUACAAUUAUAUUAAGGUAUGAGUAUGUACCACAGACUUUCAGAAUUAAGUCUGUUACUUAUGUGUAAUAUUAAAAAAUACAAUUAUUAUGCGAAGCAAGA